AUGAAGGUGCUUAGACUCUUCAUUGUCCUACUUUCAUGGUCUGGGUAUGUCACUGCCAAUAUGCAGGAGCUGGCGGCAGCUUUGCCCUCAUGCGCACUGAAAUGCAUGGUUUCGACAGUCUCCCAUUCAGACUGCACCAUCACAAACCAAACGUGUAUGUGUACAGAUCCGCUUUUUACCAGCACACUCGAAACAUGCGUGAGAGCAAACUGUACCAUUCGCGAGUCUCUAACCACGAAAAAUGUGACUACAUCAGCUUGUGGACAGCCGAUUCGGGACCGGACCCGUGUGGUCUCAAUUGCCGGGGUCGCUGGAGGCGUUUUGGCAGUGAUUGCUUUUGCGUUGCGCAUGAUUGCGAGACUCCCAUGCUGUGGUGGUCAGUUUGGAAUGGAUGACUUGGCAAUGAUCUUGACGAUGUCACUGGUCAUACCUCUUUCUGCGUUGUCGGUUGUCUUGGCCGAUUCGGGUCUGGGAAAAGACAUCUGGACAGUGUCGCCAGACCAUAUCACACAUAUCCUCUACGUCUACUUCUACGACGAAUGUCUUUAUCUCAGUAUCAUUCCAUUGACCAAGAUCUCCAUCCUCUUAUUCUACCUCCGCGUGUUUCCCGCGCGUUCCUUUCGAAUCAUGACAUAUGCUGUGAUUGGGCUAAAUACCUGCUAUCUGAUCGUUUUUGUCUUGAUCUCGGUCUUCCAAUGUAAACCGAUCAAGGGCGCCUGGCUGCACUGGGACGGGGAAGGCCACUACUCGUGCAACAACAUCAAUGCGCAAGGCUGGGCUGCAGCAGCGAUCAAUAUGGCACUGGAUCUGAUUGUUAUGGCCCUGCCAUUGCGCGAGCUGUAUCGGCUCAAUCUCUCACUGCGCAAGAAGCUUUUUGUCAUGUCCAUGUUCAGCUUAGGACUCUUCGUCACCUUGGUCAGUAUCAUCCGACUCAACUCACUCAUUCACUUUGCCUCGACCGACAAUCUGACCUGGGACUAUGUCGAAAUCGGAUACUGGAGUACGAUCGAGGUCCAUGUGGGCGUCAUAUGCGCCUGUCUGCCGGCCAUUCGUGCCCUAAUGCGUCGUCUAUGUCCGAGCAUGUUUGGAGACACCACACCCGCUGCUUCCAAGCAGUCUGGGUCUCGGUCGGGAAGAGCUGCUUCCCGAACGGAGGGGAAUAUUUUGAAUCGUUCGAGCCACACUGCUUGGUCAGAAGGAAAGUUUGUGCCGUUGGUGGACCUGGAAAAUGCCCCAAAGGACGCGAGUCGUUCAACAUGA